UUCGCCUCCCUCUCUUUCUCUCUCAACUUGUAUGCUCUUAUCUGUUGUUGGCCAGUUCGGCUCCCAAUAAUACCCACCUUUGCUUCCCUUCCAAUUAAUCAAAUUCAAAAUCAAUUCAAUUAAAACCCUUCAAAAAUCCCCUUAAUUCGACCUCAAUUCGUUGAAUUUCCAUUUCCAUUUCAAAUUCAAUUCUUCAUGCUUCCCAUCUGAUACUCAGUGAUUCUGCUUGAUUAUUUUGUGAACAUGAAGAGACAGCUACCUUCUGUGGUUGGAGUUCAGUCCCAGCUCGCUGGCUCACUUGGUCUUAACCAUACUCUCCCAAUUGAUACACAUUCUCAGUCGGAAGUAUCUGAGGAUGGUGACUGUAAGAGGUUCAAAGUUGCUAAGGUGAAUGGUUUCAUUGUUUAUUCUCGAGUGAAGAAGAGUAAAGCUAGUGAAUGUGAUAAAAUCAGUGAGGAUGUACUAAAUAAAAGGAUUAAUACCCUUGAGGAGCCACAACUUUAUGUAACCAAUAGAAUAAAUACUUCGCCUGAUGAAGAUUGGAAGUGCCCAGUAGUUGAAACUGUAAUUGAAGGGAAUCAAGAGGUGGUAGGAACUGUAAGCGGAGAGCAAUCUAUUAGCAAUGUGGAAUUGCCCUUUUGUAAAGAUGAACCAAUGAGUGAACCUAGGCCAAUUCCAGUUGAGGAAGGAGGCACCGGAGAGGCGCCAAAAUUGGUUGCUGGGGGUACUGAGGUGAAGAACAAUACGCUGAGACGGUUGACGUGGUCAACUUUGAAGUUAGAGCCUGUGGAGGUAAAAGUAAAUGGAUUAGAAGAUAUUGACAGCAAAAUGAUUUCAAAAAUACAUGUGGAGACGGUAGCUGAAGGAAGUGCAUUAAACCCUCCAAAGAAGAAUUUAGAAUUGAAAAUGUCUAAAAAGAUUGCAUUGGAUAAUGUACCAAUGACAGUCAAGGAGCUCUUUGAGACUCGUUUGCUUGAGGGGGUGCCCGUUGUUUACAUGGGCGGCAAGAAGUUUCAGGCAUUUUGUCUCCGGGGUACGAUCAAAGAUGUUGGAAUUCUGUGUUCAUGCUCUCUCUGCAAGGGAUGUAGAGUUAUUCCACCAUCACAAUUUGAGAUUCAUGCCAUCAAACAAUACAGACGUGCGGCUCAGUACAUUUGUUUUGAGAAUGGGAAGAGCCUGCUUGACGUUCUGAAUGCAUGCCGUAUAUCUCCUUUGGAUUCUCUAGAAGAAACAAUUCAGAAUGCCAUUAGUGGAUUGCCAAAAGAGAAAACUUUCACCUGUAAGAGAUGCAAAGGUACUUUCCCUACGAUUUGUGUUGGCAAAAUAGGGCCUUUAUGCAACUCUUGUGUGGAGUCAAAGGAAUCUGAUAGCACCCCAGCUUGUGAAACUAGUAUAAGUAUUAGCUUAGCAGGGCCGGUUCUGUCUGUCGAGGCCUCUGGAAGUGCUUCUAUCUCUACCCUCUCACAAGAUAAUACUCUAAGGAAGAGUACUAAAAAGUCUUCAAAACGAGAUUUAAACAUGAAGUCGGUAAAGAGUGUGCCAGCGAGAAUGUCUUCAAGGAAAAUGGGUGACUGGAAAAUAACAACAAAGCCAUCUGAACCAGACAUCAUGAAAAGGUCAUCCAAAAAUGCUUCUCUGCAUCUUUCCUCGCGAAAAAGGAAGCAAUGGAAGAUAACGCCGAGGACACCAAAACUAGCUGCAAUGUCCAAGUCCUUGAAAAGUGCAUCAGCAGGUGUCUCUUCACAAAAUAAGAGCCAGUGGAGAAUAACAAUGAAAGAUCAGAGGUUGCAUAAAUUGGUUUUUGAGGAAGGUGGACUGCCUGAUGGGACUGAAGUAGCAUACUAUGCUCGUGGGCAGAAAUUGCUUGUGGGUUACAAAAGGGGCUUUGGAAUACUUUGUUGUUGCUGCAACUGUGAGGUCAGCCCCUCAACAUUUGAAGCUCAUGCAGGGUGGGCUACUCGCAAAAAGCCGUAUGCAUAUAUUUAUACUUCUAAUGGUGUGUCACUUCAUGAAUUGGCAAUAUCGCUGUCAAAAGGUCGCAAGUACUCUGCCAGGGACAAUGAUGAUCUAUGCAUUGUCUGUGCUGAUGGUGGGAGUCUUGUCCUUUGUGAUGGGUGCCCAAGGGCCUUCCAUAAAGGAUGUGCAUCUCUGUCAAGUAUUCCCCGAGGUAAAUGGUUUUGCCAAUUUUGCGAGAAUAUGUUCCAAAGGGAAAAGUUUGUAGAACAUAAUGUCAAUGCUGUUGCGGCUGGAAGGGUUUCUGGAGUUGAUCCCAUAGAACAAAUAAGCAAGAGAUGCAUUCUUAUUGUCAAAAACAUAGAAGCAGAACUUAGUGGAUGUGUGCUAUGCAGAGCUUAUGAUUUUAGCAGAUCUGGGUUUGGUCCACGUACAAUUAUACUGUGUGAUCAGUGUGAGAAGGAAUUUCAUGUGGGUUGUUUGAGGAGUCAUAAAAUGGCAAACCUAAAGGAAUUGCCAAAAGGGAAAUGGUUUUGUUGUCCAGAUUGUUGUAGGAUCCAUUCUACUUUGCAGAAGUUGAUAGUCCGUGGAUCUGAAAAACUCCCCAUCUCACUUUUGAAUGUUAUAAAGAAGAAGAAUGAGGAGAAAAGUUUGGAAACCAUUAAUGAUAUUGAUGUGAGAUGGAGGCUUCUUAGUGGCAAAAUUGUUUCUCCUGAAACUAAAGUGUUACUUUCACAAGCCCUUGCUAUCUUCCAAGCGACUAUACCAAGGGAAUUGUUCGACACUAUCUGUAUCAAAGGAAAGUCCAUCAAAUUUUCGGUUGAUCCCUGGUGACACAACCUCGCUCUGAGCACACGAGGACGCGCCGCCACAGCUUCUGCAUCUCCUUCCAUGUGCCGGCGCGUGAGCCUUCCUGUGGCAUCCUUUUCCGUUGGCACUCUUUUUCGGCAUGUCGUGCCUCUUACCGGCCCUGUUCCGUGACCGGAUUUUCCUUUGGGUUUUCAAGGUGUUUUAACAUUAACUUAGUUGUUUCUACCUCUUUGUGUUGCUGGUCCUUUUUUAUCUUUAAAAAAGGCUCUGCCCCAUGGAUUAUUGAUUCUAGUGCAAAUAGACACAUGACGAAUUUUUCUAAAAACUUCUUUAAUUAUCUUUCGUGUCUACACAAAAGGACACAGUCAAAAUAACCGAUGGCUCUUUUAUUUCUGUCUCCAGAACCAGAUCGAUUGUUUGUAUUUCCAAUAUUAAGCUAUCUUUUAUUCUCCAUGUUCCUCAUUUUUCUAUUAAUCUUUUAUCUGUCAGUGCUCUUACCAAAGUCUUUAACUGUAAAAUUGAGUUUUUUUCCUAUCAUUGUAUUAUCCAGGAUCUUCAAACUGGGAAGAGGAUUGGUUAUGGUAGACUGCAUGAUGACUUACAUAUAUUGGAAGGGAAUUUGAGUUUGAAUUUAUCUUGAGCUUUUUUUGGAAAAAAUCAGAAUGUCAACCAGAAAAUCAUAGUGACAUCGACGGUUAGGACACCCAUAUUUCAAUGUGGUUCUUUAGUUUGUGAUACUUGUGAGUAUGCUAAACAUACAAGAACCUCUUAUUCCUCCAGUAACAAUAGGAGUAGUACGAUCCAUUUUGUGACCAUCCAUUCUAACGUUUGGAGACCUAUUCAAACGGUCUUACUAUCUAGUAAUCGUUGAUUUGUUACUUUUAUUGAUUGUUGCACUCGUAUGAUUUGGGUUUAUUUGAUAAAAGCAAAGAGUGAUGUGUUUUCUUGCUUUUAAUCUUUUCAUAAAAUGGUUUGUACUCAAUUUGAUACUAAGAUAAAAUUUUUGAGAACUAAUAACAUGGAUGGACAUUUUUCUGUUUAUCUGGAGUCUAAUGAGAUACUACAUCAAACUAGUUGUCCUCACACUAGUGCUAAAAUGGUGUUGCUAAAAGAAAAAAUAGGUAUCUAUUGGAAGUAGCUCGAUUUCUCCUUUUCACCAUGAACUUUUCAAAAACCUACUGCAGAGAUACAGUCUUAGCUGCAGUUUAUCUCAUUAAUAGAAUGCCUCUCAGAGCUCUUACCUUUAAAAGCCCUUUAGAGGUACUACAAGGGAAGGAUGCUUAUACUGUUUCACCAAAGGUGUUUGGAUGCACGUGUUUUAUUCAGACUAGAACAGGUGGGAAAGCUCGAUCCGAAGGCUUUUAAAUGUGUGUUUGUAGGGUACUCUCCCACACAGAAGGGUUAGAAGUGUUACCAUACGCCAUCUUGAAAAUACUUUGUCUGUAUGGAUGUCAUGUUUAGAGAGAGAACGAUGAGAGAGAAGAGGUGAUUCCUAGUUCUAUAACUCUAGAGCGUUUUACUCUAUAGGAGACUACUAUAUAGGGGAGAUUAAUGGUGAUUAGGAAAAUAUAAUAAUUGGGCGUUUGGAU